AUGCAAGUUGCGUUGCGUAAACGCGCCGCCGCUCAGGAACAAGUCGAGUCUAUGCGCAGUCACCAUAUCCAGUUGAGCAUUCAUACGGGCGCACGCCGGAAGCUCGAGGCAACGCUAACGGGAACUCGGUGGCGCUUGUCUGAAAAUGGUUUUUCUUUCAAGUACAUGUUACGAGCUUUUCAUUCGAUUUCCCUCCAUCCCCAUCCGCAUAGAUUCGCACAGUCACCACUUCAGUUGCAAAGUAUAAAGUAG